AGAAGGACUUGGGUUCACUGAGGAUUUUUGGGAGUUCCCUGAGGAUUUUUGGGGUUCACUGAGGAUCUUUGGGGGGUUCAGUGAGGAUUUAGGGACUUCAGUGAGGGGUUUUGGGGAUUCAAUGAGGAUUUGGGGACUUCACUGAGGGUUUUUGGGGGUUUCAGUGAGGAUUUGGGGAGUUCAGUGAGGAUUUGGGGGUUCAGUGAGGAUUUGAGGAGUUCAAUGAGGAUUUGGGGAUUCAAUGAGGAUUUGGGGAGUUCAGGGAGGAUUUACGGACUUCACUGAGGGUUUUUGGGGGUUUCAUUGAGGAUUUGGGGGUUCAUUGAGGAUUUGAGGAGUUCAAUGAGGAUUUGGGGACUUCCCUGAGGGUUUUUGGGGUUUGGCAAGGACCCGAUGGUGCCAGUGCAGUGAGGGGCCCCCAGGGCGGGCUGGAUGCCUGAGGAGAAGCUGGGAUUGUGCCCUGGAGAGGGUCUGUCCCCAACACCUGCCCUGUCCCCUCAGCUGACGGCCACGGGGCCCGGCCGGCGCCUGCUCAGGGCCCGGGGCACCUACGUGGUGCUGAGGGAGCUGCACGGCUGGGAGAGGGACCCCGAGGUGCUCAGGGCCUGCCACAGGGUCAUCCAGGUGCUGAUCGGGGACGAGCCCGAGGCGGGGCUGGAGAACCUUCUGGAAGUGACGGUGCCCGAGGAGGUGGAGCAGCAGCUGCAGCGCCUGGACCGGGAGGAGGAGGAGGAGUGGAGGAAGAGCAGGGAGCAGCAGGAGGGACGGGGGACACGGGAUUGUCCCCAGCAGCUGUCCCGGUGACAGGACACCGCGUGCCCAGGGGACGGGGCGGUGACACCACCGUGUCCCCUCACAGGGACACGGCACGGGAUGUCCUGAGGGGACACCAUGGU